AUGAUACGUCUUUUACUGAUGAUUAUUAUCAACUCAAGCCAAUGUUCUUCGAGGAUUAAUCAAGACAAACGCAUAAGAGGACUGAUAAGUGGAUGGGCUCCACUCGUGUGGCUGGCACCUGGAGAAAGAUUUAUGCCGCUUAGCGUACCAGAGUUCUUGGAGCACGUGCAAGCCGGCGACAAUUACUUGCGCACACGUGUCGACAUUAAAACGCUCCUGGCUAACGAGACGUCUUUUCUCUACGGAAGAGAGCCUGGCACAGUCCCGAUUUACGCCCUGGUCCAGAACUGCGUCAGCGCGCAGAAUUCCAAGAGUCUGGUGAUAAAGCGGAAGCGUGCUUUGCACUCACGGGAAAGCCGGGUGAUAAGCAACGAGAUACCUGAAGGAAACAAUCCCGGAGAACCGACCCAAUUGAUCUCCAAGGGAAAGAGGUUACGGAAGCUGCACUUUCACGUGACCUAUUGGAUGUUCUAUCCUUUCAGCGAGGGAAAGGCUGUAUGUGUUCUGGAUCUUGGUUUUUUUGGCACAUGGCCGAUACCCAGUGUGGGGGGACUCUGUCUCGGUCAACUUAAAGAGUAUGGAAAUCACGGAGAGGACCAUCCCGUAGCGAUGUACGUAUCCGCUCACGACGCUGGAGCCUACUACAGAUACGACGUCAGAAGCGGAACUUUCAUUUACGAGAGCCAAGAAACCCGGAAGGGUAUUUUCCAGAAGCCGAUAUUUCCCGAGCGCGUUUUCACCUCCAGUGGCUCGCAUCCGAUCCUCUUCAGCGCAAAAGGCUCUCAUGGGCUAUGGACGGCCCCGGGCAAGCACAAGUUCGUGAGAAUCCCCAGACUCUACGACGAAAGCGGGUUCGGAACACCCUGGCCGACUUGGAAGAACCUCGAGCUGAUCCCCACGGAGAAUCCCUCAACAGCGCCCUCCUGGAUGUCCUUCACCGGGAAAUGGGGGAAUCCUAGAAGCAAUUGUCAUCCUCUGGUGAAUCUGGGGUUCAAUAUCUGUGAGUUUGUCGACGGACCUACCGGUAUACCUACAAAGAAAGGACGCUUUCAAUGUCUUAAUUCUUGUGAUUAA